AUGUCUCAAGAAGGUUCGGAGGAACAGAAUGCUGUUCUCUCCUAUUUUAUCGGCCCAAAGGGUUCCAAUUUGCCCGACUUCAGAGCAAACAUAAACACCAUUUUGGAUGAGCUGCUCGAGGCCAGGCUCAAUUAUUUCCCCGAGGAUGAGAAAUUCAUCACUGCCAAAGUCAGACGCUCGCCAGAGUUUCAGCAGAUCAGAGAUAACCUGGGAAAUGCCGUGCGCAAGGCCGCCCAGCUCUUGGGCGAGCACUCGGUGCCGUUCUGGUCGCCGCGGUACGAGGCUCACAUGUGUAUGGACUUGACCAUGCCAUCAUUGUUGGGGUACUUCAUGACCAUGCUGUAUAAUCCCAACAACGUCGCCCUUGAAGCAAGUCCCAUCACUACCUUGGUAGAGCUCAAGGUUGGACAACAGCUCUGCACUCUAUUUGGCUACAACACGGAGAUUCCAAAAUCCCCCUCCGCCGACAUCCCCGUAGGCUGGGGUCAUAUCACCUCUGGUGGCAGUGUUGCGAAUUUGGAAUCCAUGUGGGUUGCGCGAAAUCUUAAAUUCUACCCGCUAGCUCUUGUGCAGGCAAUGAAAGAGGGGGACCUAAAGUUUGUCGCCGACAGAUUCAAGGUCAAGCCCUGUAUGCCUGGUGCUGAAGAAAAGCUCCUCGUUGAGAUGAGCACUUGGGAACUGCUCAACCUCCGUCCCGAAACUGUUCUGGAUCUUCCCCACAAGCUCAGCGACGAGUUUGACAUCUCGAGCAAGUUUAUAGAGGAUGCGCACAAGCCAUAUAAUAUCCAAACCGUUGGCAGAGAACCGCUUGAGAAGUACUUCAAGAUGGAAAAGCAAGCCAAGUAUCUCAUCUCAACGACACACCACUACUCGUGGCCAAAAGCAGCAGCAAUUUCUGGUUUGGGUUCGGGAGCCAUUAUUAAUAUUCCUGUCGACAACGAUGCCCGCGUUGACCUCGAGGUGCUGGAGGAGAAACUGCUGGAUUGCGCCAAGAGCCAGACACCUGUAUACGCAGUCGUGGCCGUAAUUGGCUCAACCGAAGAAGGGGCUGUUGACAGACUAUCCAAGAUCGUGGAGCUGCGGAAAGAGUUGCAGGACAAACACGGCCUGUCUUUUCUCAUUCACGCCGAUGCAGCUUGGGGCGGCUACUUUGCCACCAUGCUGCCAUCUGGGGAAGACGAUGUUUCUUUUAGAGCAGAAGGAGCCUCUGAUGUCAAAAGACUUGUGCCGGCUCUUUGUUUGAAGAAGACAUCGGAAGAGGAUCUCUUGGCUUUGCAGCAUGCAGACUCGAUUACCGUGGAUCCCCAUAAAGCCGGUUACAUUCCGUAUCCUGCAGGAAGUUUGGUGUACCGAGAUGGAAGACUGCGACACUUGGUGACAUGGUCCGUCCCCUACCUUUCGCAGGGAUCGUCUGACAACAUUGGCAUAUACGGCGUUGAAGGAAGCAAGCCGGGUGCGGCAGCAAUGUCGGCGUGGUUCUCGAACCAUACCAUCGGCCUGAAUCCUAGUGGCUACGGAAUGCUACUAGGUGAAGCGGCUUUUACCAGCGGCAGGCUGUCUGCCUAUUACGCCACAAUAGAUAACGAAUUCUUCACCUGCGUCCCCUUCAACAUGCUGCCUGCUGAAGAAAACGGCGCCAAAAGGUUUGAUUCCGACGCGGUGAACAAGCAGAAACAAUGGAUCCGCACAAACAUCAUAGGAAAGUCCAACCAGCAAAUCAUCAAGUCCCCGGAGGCUGUCAACAUGCUCCGGAUGCUAGGGUCGGAUCUCAACAUUAAUGCAUUUGCCAUCAACUGGCGAAAUAAAGAUAAGAGCCUCAACAAUGACCUAGACGAGGCAAACUACCUCAUGAAGAGAGUCACGGACAGGUUGUCCGUCACCUCGGCCAAUACGGAUCCGACCAAAAUCCCCAUGUUUUUAACCUCGACCAAGUUUGGGCCAGACGACUACGGCAAAUGCGCCCAGACCUUCAUGGAGAGAAUUGGCGUUCAGAAAUGCAACCAGGGUCUCUUUGUGCUGCGCAAUGUAGUCAUGAACCCGUUCCCAACCGAGAUGGACUUUGUCGAGAAACUCAUGCACAAGUUCGAAAAGGUGGUCAAGGAGGAAGUCAAGGUGUGCCGAGAGAGAAACACCCCCAGCCACCGGGUACAAUUCCUCGUGCAAGGGCCUCGUACUCUCCCGCCAGGCACCGACGUAUUCCUCGUCUACCAGACAUCGUUCCAUAGCGCAACGCGACGACAGCAGCUUAUUCUCUCGGCGGCGCUGGACGAUCAACUGGCCGCGUUUUACAACUCCCUGAUGGAGAAUGACCCCUCCGAUGUAGUUAUUCUGAGGUCCUGUCACAAACUAGACAUCAAGGAGCACGUCGCUAUGCAAGUCAAGCGAGGACAGCCUCCGCAUCUCGAUGUGGAAAUACACAGAAAGGGCUACGAAUCUGACGCUCAGACGGGCGUGGUGACCUUUAAAAAGGUCAUCAAGAGUCGGCCGCUGAAUUCUGCCAACCAAGACGGGGAGUACCCUGCGCACUUUAUGCCAUUCUACCUGUACGGCACGGAGAAGCAGAAGCAUAUUAGCCAUGUGCUCGUUCGGGCGCCCAAUAUCGACCUCUCGGCCAGCGACGUCUCCUUUUCUGAGCCCCUCCCCAAAGCGGUCAAUGACCUCUUGGGCAAGGGCUUGAUCCUGGGUCUGUCGGACAUUCCCGAGGCGUCGAAGCAGCCCAUGCCGGUGCAGAACAAGCUCCUCCCCAAGAACUUUUUCUUUGGCGAGAGGAAAAAGUUCAAAGUGGAGGUGUGGGAGGAUCCUCACGAGUCUUGGAGCGCAGGGCCGGGGCUGCUCGAGGGGCUCAAGAAGAAGUUGUAUACUGGGACCAUGACGCUUGGCCACUCGGUCCUGGUUGAUGCCGAGGGGCCAAAUAAGGACAAGUUUGUUCGUAUUACGGUGGAUUCGGAUUCCUGGCAGAAGGAGCUGGAUGCCAUUGCGGCCGUGUUGAGUGGCUCGGGUUGA